CUCCGAUUUGUUUCGAUUGGGAGACUACGUCACUGUGUAAUUCGUAGUGUGGUUAAGAAUUGAGGGGAAGUCUGUACUUAUUGGAUCAGCACUUAUUGGACUUUGAUUAUAACACAUCUUGUGUACAUAUUUUUAUUAUAAUUAAUUAUUAAAUAAUCUAGUUAGACACUAGAAGUACGUUCUUGCUAUUUUAUUGUUAGUUGAAGUGAUAUCAAUUGGUAAUGUUGCAAAUGUAAAAAAAAAAUGGAGAAGCCUACCGUUAAUGAAUUAUCCGAAAGAGAUGAUAAAAAAAAAGAAUUGAAAAGAAAGUGCAAAAAUUUUUCCAUAAAAGAAAAGUUAGAAAUAAUAAAUCGUUUGGAAAGUGAACCUUUGAAUAAUAUUUUGAAAGAAAUAAAUGUUAAUGCUAGUACUGUAAGAAAAUGGAAAAAGAAUCGUAAGGAACUUGAAGACAGUUUAAUAGAACAUAUAGUUCAGCGUAAACGUCGACGUCAAGCAUUAAAUGCUGAAGUUGAUGAAGCACUUUACAUUUGGUUGUGCGAAUCAAGAAGAACAGGUGAUUUUGUAACAGGAACAAUGUUGAAGCAACGAGCUCUUGAUUUACAUGAAAAAAUGAAUUGCAAAACAAAGUUUAGUGCUAGCGAUGGCUGGUUACGAAACUGGAAGAACAGAUAUAACAUAAAACUACAAACGACUAAUAAGGAAAAAUUAUUAAGAGAUCAAGAAGCUGCUGAAGAAUUUAUAGCUAAAUUUCGAAAUGAUGUGCAAUCUGAGGGACUAUCAAGAAAACAAGUUUUUAACCUUGUUGAUACCCCGUUAAAUUAUAAAUCACUUCCUAUGAUGAUGUUCAGUAGGGAAGAAGAAUCUGAAUUAAGUAGUUUAAAAAAAAACGUUGAUCGCUUGACAGUUACGGUUUGUUGUAAUGCUGAUGGCACAUUUAAAUUACCAUUAGUUAUAAUUGGUAAUACUAAGAACCCUAAAGCUUUGGAUGGAAUUCCUAAAAAUCAUUUACCUGUAUACUAUAGGCAUCAAACAAAUGCGUCAAUGGAUACUGAGAUAUUUGAAGAAUGGUUCAAAAAUGAAUUUGUACCAAAAGUAACUAGAUAUUUAACAAAAGAAAAUUUGCCUUUGAGAGCUGUCCUUCUGGUCAAUGAUUGCAAAGCUCAUCUGCAUUUGAAAGUAAAUAGUAUGGAGACUGUUAUCUUUCCAUCAAACGUUAUGGCAUUAAUACAGCCUCUAGAUCAAGGUAUUCUUGAAGCAGUUAAACGGCGAUACAAGUAUAUUUUAACUCUAGCUUUAGUGAGUAAAAAACAAGACAACGUUGAUUUACCUGCUCUGUUAAAAGACGUUACGAUUAAAGAGGCAGUUUAUUGGGUGAAUGAAGCUUGGGAAGCAGUGAAACAAGAAUCAAUUUACAAGUGCUGGAGAAAAUUAUGGCCUGUUGAGUUUAAAAUUGAAAAUUUACCAAAUUCUUUUGAAUUUGUUAAUUCAGACACUGUAAAUAGUCACGAUUUUAUUUUCUCAGUUGAAGAAGAUAUGGUUGAUGAAGAAUUAACCUAUGGAGAUGUAUUGAGAGUUUUACAAAAAAUUGACGUAUACAAAAAUAUAAGAUUACAGUCUGUUAAGGAUUGGAUUGAACAGAAUGAUGGAGAAGAUUUCGAAAAAUCUCUUAAGGAUCAAGGAAUCAUUAAUCUUUCAAAGAACCAGAGCGAAGAAAUGAAUGAGACUGAUAAGAACUUGGAUAACAUUAAUGAAAGAGCAGAAUUGGUUAAAGAUAAUUCAGUGUCUGGACCAGAAGCAUUAAACGCCAUUGAAAAAGUUAUUAAAUUUUCAAAUAAUUUCAAAUUAUCUCUUGACACAAUUGUUAGCUUACAUAAAAUAAAAACUGAAAUUAUGUCUUUGGUGGUAAAUUCAAAGUAAUUAACUCUCAAAAAAUUCAAUAAUAUCAUUAAUAUGAUCAUAUUUAAUUAUAAUAAUUUAUUUGUAAAGUUAAGUCAAAGAUUAUUGUAAGUCAAUCCGAUUAAUCUGUAAAUUAUAAUAGUGAUAGCUUACAGUUUUUAAAUCUUUGAACUAUGAAAUUCAUUAUUGAGAAAAUGAUUUUAAAAUUGACUUGAACAGAUUUUUAAAAGUUCUCUACAUGUAUUUUGUAAAGUUAUUUUCUAUUAAUUUAAAUUUUCAAAUUUUAAAAUAAAUGAAUUGUCCGCUUAUUGCACUCCCUGGUUAAAAAUACUGAUUGAAAAGAAUUAAAAAUGAUGAAAUUUGAAUUCUUUUCAAUAAUUUCAAUUCUUUUGUUUGUAUAUAUAGAUAUACAGUUUGCAUGGAGUGGCCGCUUCUCGAUUUUCUGUUCAAUCAGUAUUUUUAAUCAGGGCUGUCAUUAAAGUUGAGACCACUCAAUACUAUUAAUAAUGAUACUGCAUUACUGAUUAUACUAUUUUUAUAAUUAUUAAUUACUUAUUUUUUGUACCUUUCUCAAAGCUUAUUUAAAAGCAUCUAUAUUAUAUUUUAAUUCUAUUUUGUAAAUUUGAUUUUACAAAAAAUAAACCUUUUUAUUGAUAAAAUAUUUAUUUUCGUGAAACGCCGAAAAAACAUUGUUGUCACGGAUGCAAUACCACACGGUGACAAUGAUGAUUUUAUUUUAUUUUUUUUUUUAUAUCUCCAAAUAUUGAUAAAUAUUUUAAAUGGAUAGAAGCCUGUAGUUGUAUAAAUUUCACCGUAAAAAAAUGAUUAAAUGUAGAUGUAUAUUUGGUAAACAGUUAUUAACAUUUUAUAAAUAAAUAUUAGCUCAACUAUUUUUCAACCAACUCUUUUUU